AUGUCCCACAAGGAAGCUGCCAGGGGACCUUCCUCGGCCAUUUGGGCACCCGUGUUCCCGGCCAAUGAUCCAAACAAGGUCGUGGGGAUAUCAGGAUCACUCACUGUCUGGGAACAACUACUCGAGAAUGCAUUUGCCAAUCAAGUGAGUGGCAUUGAUUGUGUACUCAAGAGUACUCAACGUGAAGCCUUUGCGUACGCUAUUGAACAUGGGAAAACAACCGUCAAAGGUGACGGAUCUGUACAAAGCGUACAAGAGCGGGAGUCCAUGCACAGGCGCCUUUAUCACGGCUGGGGUUGUUGGCAUGAAAUCUCCGCCUCGUUGGGGUAUUCCUCGGCGGAUGCACUCCAGAAUGAGCUGGAACACGACGACAGUCCGCAACCAAAUCAUGACGACAAUUCAAAGCAAGCAACCAGCAUUGGUACGCCCUUUCAGCGUCACACGACGACAACACCAAUGUCCUCAUCCUCAAAACCCCAACCCGAGAAAUGA